AUGGUCUCCUUAAUAUCUAUUGUUGGUUCAACCACCGUGGCUCCGACCUACAGCUUUCCCGACAAUUGCAAUGCUACUUGCCAAGCGAGUAUCGCGCAAGCUCUCGAACAGGAAAAGGCGGCCUGGGUCAGCCCUAAUGUAUCAACCGAUCCCUUCUACGCGAAUCCAGCAAACAUCUCUGAUUACGCCGCCGGCGACAUCAUCAGAUGGGAAGACGUACCUAGCCAGGAGUACACGACAGUUGGCUAUGAUACCCCUCCGGCAACGACACUGUCCAGAUUCCUCUACAUGAGUGAGGACAUCGACGGCAAACCCAUACCGGCCAGUGCAUUUCUGUUACUCCCCUUUACAAACCAGGAUGGCAGCGGAAAGCCACUCCGAACGGUUGUCUGGACGCAUGGAACGGCGGGCAUUACCCGACAAUGCGCACCCUCUAAUCACAAGGAACUGUACUACGAAUGGGAAGGCCCAUUUGCAUUGGUCCAGCAAGGAUAUGCGGUCAUUGCGCCCGACUAUGCGGGUCAGGGUAGUGAUAUACCCAUGGGGUUCAUGUAUGAAUCCGGUGCGCUACACGCCCUCGACGUGAGCUUUGCCCUGCAAGCCGUGAGAUCGAAGCUCCAGGAUCGGAUCACGCAUGAAUGGGUAGUGGUUGGUCACAGCGAGGGCGGCAUGACCGCAUGGCGAGUUAAUGAACGCGAAAAGCGAAACGCAACAGGUGGUUUCCUGGGCGCCGUUUCAGGAGCCCCAGCGCUGCGCCCACUUUCUCUUAUCCCACAAUCGUGGCGCCUCGCUAAGGAUGGCCCUGUUCAUGACGUUGUUUCCAUCUUUGUCCUGCAGUCCAUCUCGCGAUUAUUCCCUUCCGUCAAGGUUGAGAACUACGUCAGCGAUAUCGUUGCAAGCCGUAUCCCAAUCGCGCAGCAAGGAUGUUUGCAAACUGGAUCGGCGAUCUAUGGGAACCUCACAUUGCAAGAGCUCUACAAGAAUACCAGCUGGAUUCACCAUCCGGAUGUCAUUGAGUGGCAAAAGAGGUACAAUGGCGCCGGCUCACACGAAUUGGCAGCCCCCAUGCUGGUCCUUCAGGGGACUGCUGAUGAGUUGGUGUAUGCAAACUUGACAGAGUGGGAUUACGAUCAGACGUGCAGCACAUUCCCUAGUAGCAUCAUGCACCUGUAUAUUUAUCCCGACCUUAAUCACGACUUUGCCUUCAUUGCAGGCCAGGCGCAGUACUUGCCUUGGAUACGGGACCGGUUCGAGAAUGUCCCAUUGUCUGCCGCAUGUAACAAGACGACUGUAACGCUGUCUGGGCCUGUUUAA